AUGAAUAUAUUAUAUCGGACUUUGCCCGACAUUCACAAUCGCUACUUGCCAUAUAAACAGCCUCGAAACACUAUCCCGUCUACGCCGUCGCAAUUAUCACCAUCGACACCGACAUCAAUUCCCCGGUCGCCACCCCCACCACCUCGACCCACUGCUUCUCCGGCUCCCCGCAAGCGCGCCCGUGAUGUCCGCCUUCGCAAUGUCGGCACCGAUGUCCGAGCGAAAUCUCACGAUGGUAUGAGAGACUUCCGUUUUGGAGUCCGUGGUAGCCAAUUAUGCUUGCUUCCGGUGCUGCAUGGUCGGCGAGACUGUGUUGUUGCUUGCCGGCUUGUUGGUGGACAGAUCCAUCAAAAUAUCCAAACCAUCACCGUCCCGUCAGACUUCAGUAAUCCAGAGCAAGCGUAUCAAUACCUCCUCGAGCACACUCGCAAACUCCGUCCAAUUUAA